CCUUUCACCUGCUUCUUCACCCACACGGCCACACACACUGCAGUCUGCACCACUGUGUAUUCCUUUCUCCCCCAUUGCUCUUUCUUUCGUAUCACUGUAAGGAACGUUACGCAGAAGAAGAAAGAAGAUAAAGAUACUCCAAAGCAACUUUACAGGUCAAAUUCUCUUGCUUUGUAAUCCGGAGCCGAAGAAGUCACUAUGUUGGCUCCUAGUCUGAGUAUUUUCUGGCGAUUGUAUCAAAGUAUAAUGGACUACAGCUCUGAAGAGUCAGAUAUUAGUGAAUCUGAGAUCAAUGACUUUGUAGAGAAGCCAUAUGAUCAGCUGAUGGCUGGAAAGUACAAAGUUAAAGGUCUCAAUGGUAUGCUUCGAUGUCCUUUCUGUGCUGGGAAGAAGAAACAAGAUUACAAGUACAAGGAUUUGCUUCAACAUGCUUCGGGAGUUGGUAAAGGUUCUGCUAACAGAAGUGCAAAACAAAAGGCAAACCACCUUGCGUUGGCAAAGUACUUGGAGACUGACCUAGCCAAUGAAGUGGAUCAAACACAAGUCCCAAUUUUACCACAACCUCUCACUCAGCCUCCAAACCAAGAUGAAAUUUAUGUGUGGCCUUGGAUGGGGAUCAUUGUUAACAUAGUGUGCGAGCCAGGAGAUACAAAAACUGUUCAUUGUUCUGAGUACUGGUUGAAAAGAUUUGAUAAAUUUAAACCAUUGGGAGUUCAUGUUUUCUCGGAUGAAGAUGACUUAAAUGCCCAAGCUGUAGUGGAAUUUAAUAAUGAUUGGAACGGUUUCAUGAAUGCAACUGAAUUUGAGAAAUCGUUUGUAACUGAGCAUUGCAGCAAAAAGGACUGGAGUACACGGAAAACACAUCUUGGCUCUGAUACAUAUGGGUGGUGUGCAUGUGCUGAUGAUUAUGAUGCAGAAGGGCCAAUAGGAGAUUUCCUUCGCAAUAAAGGGCAGUUAAGAACUGUAUCUGACAUUGUCCAGGAAGCAGCUCAUACCAGAAACAAUGUUUUGGAAAAUCUAGCCAAUAAAAUUGAUAUUACAAUUGAAACCCUCAAUGAACUACAUAACCAGUACAAUGAAAAGACCAUGUCCUUGAGUAGGAUGCUUGUGGAGAAAGACAAGCUACACUCUGCUUUUCUAUCAGAAAUGAGGAAGAUGCAGCAGCUUGCACGUGAUAAUGUUCGAAGGAUAUUUGAUGAACAUGAAAAACUGAAUCACGAAUUGGAGACUAAGAAAAAGAAACUUGAUUCCUGGAGCAAAGAACUGAACAAACGGGAAGCACUAACUGAGCAUGAGAGACAAAAGCUUGAUGAGGAGAAGAAAAAGCAUGAUGUUAGGAACAAUUCUCUUCAAUUGGCAUCCAUGGAGCAGAAAAAGGCUGAUGGGAAUGUCUUAAGGUUGGUUGAAGAGCAAAAGAGGGAGAAAGAGGAAGCCCUUAAUAAGAUACUUCAGCUGGAAAAGCAGUUGGAUGCUAAACUGAAGUUAGAAAUGGAAAUUGAAGAAAUUAAAGGGAAACUCCAGGUGAUAAAGCAUCUUGGAGAUGACGAUGAUGAAGCAGUUCGAAAGAAGAUGGAAGACAUGAAUGAUGAAUUGCAACAAAAAGUCGAUGAUUUAAAUGAUAUGGAAUAUACAAAUCUUGUCCUUAUUGCUAAAGAGCGAGAGAGCAAUGACGAGCUACAAGGAGCUCGCAAAAAAUUAAUUGCAGGUUUAACGGAUAUGCUGUGUAAUCGCACUAAUAUUGGAAUAAAGAGAAUGGGAGAAAUUGAUCAGAAGCCGUUUCAGAAUACAUGCCAGCAGCGACUUCCCCUUGAGGAAGCAAAUGUGCAGGCCUUGACACUAUGCUCCUUGUGGCAGGAGAAUUUGAAAGAUCCAAGCUGGCAUCCUUUUAAAAUUGUUGAUAUCGAUGGUGAAACCCAGGAAGUAGUAAAUGAAGAAGAUGAGAAGCUACGAAAUCUCAAACAGUUGUGGGGGGAAGGGAUAUACAUGGUUGUCAUUUGUGCAUUGAAAGAGAUCAAUGAGUAUAAUCCAAGUGGCAGAUACAUUGUUUCUGAGCUCUGGAACUUCAAAGAAGAAAGGAAAGCCACAUUAAAGGAGGUCAUCAGUUACAUCUUAAAGAAUAUCAACACACUUAAGCGCAAGAGACAGUGAGUCAGACUGUCAGAGGUAACACAGGAAAAUUGAGAGACAGAAAUUCCAAGAGGGAAAAUGGAUGCAGAAAUCUAUAAUGGAUCUGGAAGAAGGUGGGAGCAUUAGUUUUUGGUACUACAUAUCUUUUGUCCAGCUAGUUGGCUCCAUUUGUAUGUAUGCUAUAGAGUAGGAUCUUUUGGACUUGAAAAAUUCGACAAUUCUCCAGUGAAAUUGUGAACUUUUUAACUUUAUUGGUGGAAAUUUCUUUAGUGACUGCAGUUUUAGAAUUCAAUAUUAUGACAAAAACUUCUUGUGAGCCUAUUU